AUGGUCAAUCUCUACUUCCAGCCCGAUGCGCAGCUUACGACGCAGGACCGCAUGGUCCUAGACAUUCUACAGAAAGACUAUGAUAGACACAAGAAGGUUAACGGCACCGAGCAGCAGCCUUCUCAGGAUUCAGAAGACUCUGGCAAGAAGCACACUCGCUUCGACUCAGCCUCACCGGAGGAUGCCCAAGAAGCCGAAGAGCAGGCUCUCGCACAUUUGAAAGAGCUCAACAAUCCCACUUCCGACCAAUUCGAGCCCACCGUCUUCGUGACCGUCGACUAUCCGAACAUUACGAACCCCCUCCUCCGCAAAUACAUCGUCGAACCGUACGUGCGAUGGGGCCGCUCCGUUGUGCGCGUCGACACCGACGUCGUUAUGCUCACCCACCUGCUUCUUUACCUCACCACAAGCAUCCCGUCGGCUAUCUACCUCUUCUACAACUUCCACUGGUGGCACGGCCCGCUGCAUUCCAUCAUGCAGCUAUAUUACAUGGGCUCAUACACGUUGAUGAUGCACCAGCACAUUCACAUGCGUGGCAUAUUAAACAAGGCGUACUCAGCAGUUGAUCUGGCCUUCCCUUACAUCUUAGACCCGAUGAUGGGCCACACAUGGAACUCGUACUACUUCCACCACGUCAAGCACCACCACGUCGAAGGCAACGGCCCCAAUGACCUCUCCUCGACGAUACGAUACCAGCGAGACGAUGUUUGGCAUUUCUUACAUUACCUCGGGCGAUUCUACUUCCUCAUCUGGUUUGAUCUACCGCGAUACUUCCUGCGCACGCGCAAACCUGAGCUAGCACUCAAGGCGGGUGCGUGCGAGAUUGCCAGCUAUGUUUGCUUGUAUACCUUGUUCACCUAUGUGAAUGCGCGGGCGACCGUUUUCGUGUUUCUCGUACCGUUGGCAAUCAUGAGAUUGGGUCUGAUGAUAGGCAACUGGGGGCAGCAUGCGUUCGUCGACGAGACCGAGCCAGAUUCGGAUUUCAGGUCCAGCAUCACCGUGAUCGACGUUGCCAGCAACCGCUACUGCUUCAAUGACGGCUAUCACACAUCGCACCAUCUGAACCCCAUGCGUCACUGGCGCGACCAUCCCAUUGCCUUUCUCGCCCAAAAAUCCACAUACUCAUCCGAACACGCCCUCGUCUUCUACAACAUCGACUACCUAAUGAUCACCUUCAGCUUGCUGGCGAAGAAUUACGAGCACCUCGCCAAAUGCCUGGUACCGAUGGGUGAUCAGAUGGAGCUCAGCAUGAAAGAAAGGGCAGAGAUGUUGCGCAGCAAGACCCGUAAAUUCAGCGAAGAGGAGAUUGCCGCGAAAUGGGGCAAGCAGUUUGCGAAAUUAAAGUAG